GCGUUACGGGUAAAAGGCAAGAGAUGCGCUGAGCACUCGGUCAGGCUAUCGUUCGAAAGGCAAGCGGUCUAUGGCUACUUACUCGUUGUAGAUGGCACUGGCCUGAGGCCUCUCUGGCAGAGCGUCGACCAUCCACAACUUUCGUCGCUCAGUAUGCUUUCACUGAGUGUGCCCAGCGAGUCUAUCACCAUAGUCGCGGCAGUAUGCCUUUCACUGGCGACUGCUUCGGUGAUAUUGAGGAUCUGGGUGCGAUCGCACUUUCUGACUAGUGGUCUCCAAGCAGACGACUGGACAAUUCUCAUCGCCGGUAUAGGCUUCGUUGGUUUCUGCAUCAUCGCCUUUGUCCUUGCUAACGAGGAAGCCGCAAACCCUGUCUUCUCUCCCGAGACUGGAGAAGGUGUCAUAACCAUCCUUCUUUGUGGCGAAGUCGUCUUCCAAGCCACCUGCCUGGUCUUCAAGCUCUCGCUCACAAUCUUCUUCCGAAAGUUCCUCGUCGUCGAAUGGCAACGAUGGCUGGCUCUAGGCUGCGGCUUCUUCUACUGUUCCACCUGCGUGGUCGGUAUAUUCCUCGCCCUCUUUCAAUGUGGUCUGCCUACCAACCUCAUGCAAAAGCACUUGACAGGCCAAUGCGUUAAGUUGCAAGCCUUCACUGCGCUGCUGUACGUUCACGGCAUCCUGUCGGCAGUAACAGAUUGGAUCUUCGCUUUGUUGCCAAUCGUAACACUAUACCGUUCCAACCUCAGUCGCGCGGCAAAGAUCUCCUCGUCUUGUCUUAUGCUGCUCGCUUGUGGAGGCUCCGUAGCCGCUAUCGCACGAACCGCCACCACGGGCGACUACCUACUUCGCCCGGCAUACUUUGACCCCAAUCGCCGUCCUAACUACUACGCCGUCUCUGCGCCUAUGAUCAAUCUCACCGUCAUCGAGGUAGGAUUGGGUAUCACCGCCGUCUCACUCGCAUGUUUGCGACCACUAGUGAGACGGGUAAAAGUUAUUGGACAGCACUUCACCUCUCGGCUCAUGGGCACAGACAUGUCCAAAACCGAAAUCACAGACGAAGAAGCAACUGUAAAUCUGGUCCAUGUCGACACGAAACAAAUGCAAGGUCCCAUACCUACCGGAUCCUGCUGGAACAGAACUCCAGCUCUGGGAGAAGCAACGAAUGCCCCGGUGGAUCUUGAAGCUAGCUGGAACAAGACUCCAGCACUCGGAGGUGCAGCUAACCCCUCGAAGCUAGUUGGAACAAAACACCAGCUU